AUGGAAUGGAUUAAUAUACUUGUUAUAUCUUUAAUUUUAUCAGAAAAUAUAGCUUUAACUGGAAAAGGUCUUGCGGUCAGGUUUAAUAUAACAAUCUUCAAAGCCUGUCUGUCAUCUGAUAUUGUGUUGAAUAAAUUGAUCCAAGUCUCACUUCAGCAAUGUGUGGACGAAUGUUCCUCAAGAGUAGGCUGUCGAGCAGUCAACUAUUUCAGACAUUUUCAUCUUUGUGAACUACUUCCGGUAGAUGACGGAAAUCUUUACCAAAGUGGAGGUAAAAAUCGUGCAUGUGUUUUGGUUAAAAAGGCUGAUAUGGAUCUUCAUGAGAUACAGACAACUUGCACCUGUGCCGCGAGGGAAUCAUGUGAUAUCGAGUCUCAUGCAAUAUGUACUCAUGAAGAGUGCAAACCAGUUAACUUAGAAAAUGGAAAGGUCUCUGGGAACAUGCUAUCCUUGGGAUCUACAGUAACAUUCGAAUGCGACCAGAUGUACAUAGAGGUAAAUGGGAAGAGUGAAGCAACAUGUCUUGCUAAUGGAACAUGGUCAUACUAUCCCCAGUGCAAACGAGAUUGCAACGAGCCCACACGACAAAUAAGUAAUGCAACGCUAAGCAACGGCAAGACAUAUGAAGGUCAAAGCAGAACGUUUAAAUGUAAUCCAGGAUUUAUAUUCCCCGUCGGAUAUAAUGCCAUGAACAUAACCUGCAGGUCUGAUGGUCAAUGGUCAACCAUGCUAUGUCCAACAGAAACAAAUGAAAACAACACAUGCAAUGGUUGCAUACUCCCAAGAGAUUGUCAAGACAGACAAGGUCUUAAUGAUUCUUCGCCAACAACACUGUGUGACAUAUAUCCUGUAGACAGUAUUGGCUUCGAGGCACGUUGUGAUAUGGACACGCCGCCUGGUGGAUGGACCGUGAUACAGCGCAGAGUAAAUGAUAGUGACUUCAAAAGAAACUGGGAAGAGUACAAAGAAGGAUUUGGUAAUCUGAAUGGUAACUUCUGGUUAGGCAAUGACAAAAUAUGGAAAUUAACAAACGGGGGACAUUACAAAUUACGAGUUGACCUUGUAGAUCAAAACGGAGAUAAGGGUUAUGCAGAGUACAGUUCAUUUUCCAUCGGAGAUGAAUCUUCUAAAUAUACCUUGAAUAUUUCAGGACACAGUGGAACAGCGAAUGACAGCUUGAUAACCAGGCAUAACGGAAUGAAGUUCAGCACUUUUGAUCAAGACAAUGAUAAUUACGAAACCAAAUGCGCAGUUGAAUUUGGAGGAGGUUGGUGGUACAGUGACUGUCAGUCUUCGAACUUGAACGGACCUUAUGGUAGUCAAGCUGAUAAUCAAGGGAUGACGUGGAAAGAUUGGAGAAAUUCAUCAGUGUCUAUGUUAUUCACAGAAAUGAAAAUACGACGGGAAUAAUACCUCCACAAGGAGACCUAUUUGUGAAUUUAGUUAAUUAGAUGUCGAUGAUAAGAACAUUAUUUUAUGCUGUAUUUAUACCGUUUCAUGAUGUCAGAAAAUUGAUACCCUAGCAAAGGAAAGACUUAACUAGUAUCUGAUAAUUUGAUGAAAAUAAUAUAUCCCAAACAUUGACUUUAUCGUUGAAUAUCGUUCGAAUGCAUAUAAUAAUAUAACUUGGGUAGAGCACUUAUCAUAUCAAUCCUACGAGAAGCGGUAAAAUCACGAUCCUAUGCAACUGAUUAAAUACUUUGUAAAUUUCUUUCAACCGACAACUAAUGAAUUAUAACUAUAAAUAAGGGUUGUUUAAACAUUGGCGUACACCGACUUGCUUGAAAUCUUAAUAUCUUGUAAUGUGUUCCCAAGUGCUUAUAGAAAUUAAUGAAAAUAACAUUUACAAUGGUUAAUAAUAAAAUCUAUAAAAAAAAUCCUUUGGAAGCAAAGAAUGCAACCAAGAAGAAUAAUAGCAGACUCGGUUUGAUUUAGUAGUAAACAUACAUGUGAUAUUAACAAAAGGGUUGUAUGAUGUUUACCCUGUUGACAGUGUUGGCUUCGUUGUACCACACCACCUGGUGGACGAACUAAGAUACAGCGUAGAAUAUCUGACAGUGAUUUUUAAAAGAAACUGGGGAAAUAUUAUUGAGUAUGUUUUUUUAUCUGGAGGUUAUAACUGUUUAGGCAAUGACAAAAUAUGGAAACUAGCAAACAUUGGACAGCACAAAGUAUGAGUUGAUCUCACAGUCCAGCACGCAGAGAACAAUUCAUUUACAAAUGGGAAUUCAUCUUCUACGUUUACAUUGAAUAUGUUAGGACUGUGGAACAUGGAGUGGCUGCAUGUUUUUCCAGGCAUAAAGGCAUAAAAUUUAGCACUUUUGCCCAGAUAUUGACAUUUACUAAAAUUAUUGUGCAGACAGAUUUCGUGGAAGUUGUUGGUACAGUAACUAUCAACCUUAGAACCUAAAUGGACCUUACGGUAGUCAGGAAACUUGGAAUGACUUAGAAGCCAUGGAGAAAUCAGUCAGUGUUUAUGAGAAAAGAAAAUUGGCCAGAAGAAUGGAACGUUUUCUUAAUUAUUUGUUGCAAGAAAAGUUAUUCAAGCUUUUUAAAAAUUCUGAAUUAUCUAACCUUUGACUGAAAUGUUACCAAAAUGAUACUAUUGUUCAAAACUUUGCUUGAAUUAUGAAAGAUGUGAGAUAAGAUCAUGUAUAUUUAUUGAAUUGAUUGCCGGACAAAAGUCAAAACUCUUGGCUUUAGGACCGAUUUCUUCUGCGGACUUGUAAACUUUACGACGACGCUAAAUAUCAGUAAGAAUGAUUACGUAGGGUACUUUUCCAGUACAAGUACGUUAUUUUAUUCAAUAAAAGGAACCAUGAUCUAAAAUAAUGCCUUCGACUCUCGUGGAGUUUGCCAUCAUAUAUAUUCAUUGAAUUGAUUGCCGGACAAAAGUCAAAACUCUUGGCUUUAGGACCGAUUUCUUCUGCGGACUUGUAAACUUUACGACGACGCUAAAUAUCAGUAAGAAUGAUUACGUAGGGUACUUUUCCAGUACAAGUACGUUAUUUUAUUCAAUUAAAGGUACCAUGAUCUAAAAUAAUGCCUUCGACUCUCGAGGAGUUUGCCAAGCCGGAUCAAACUGAUGGGUUCCAGGCCUGGCGGCAAAGAAGUCCACUCAAGCAUUACAGAUCAAAGUACUGUUAUAAUAAUGUUCUAUAUGUAUUGUAUUACAUGCCUGUAUAAAUUCUGUAAACAUUACCGCAAAUAGCAAAUCACUAAAUGAGAUAUAUUAUUUCGAUUCUAACACGUUAUCACGGACUUUAAAGUAAACUCUUGUCGGCAUGCAUUAGAUAUUUGCCAGUUUUCAAUCGGGUUCUUUUCCAGCGCGCAGCUACGCCGCUUGACGCUAUGACGUAAUAGUUGUGACGUCAGAACAGUGAAUUAUUGUUUAAUAAUUCACUGUUCCCAACCUUUUUUGUUUAAUUAAUAGGAAAAUGAAUCGGAUCGUGUUAGAAUGAUUUUUUAAGCUGGCUGUACUUGCAAAAUGCAUGUGCAUGCUAAUUUUUGUUACUAUCAGUGCAAAUUUAGCAUUCUUAAGUCUAAACUUCAAAAGUAAAAACUUAAUAAAAUAAACACGGACUCAGCGUGCGUAAACAAAAAAAAAUCCACACGGCAUGCCAAUGAGGUACUAAAUGAGAGUUCGAUUUUAAAUGUCGUCCGUAAUGUUAUGGUGUGUAUUGUGUGUAAAAUACUUUUUAAGUGUUUUAUGGAGGUAUAUAAUUAAUUGAGUUCUGCAACUGUAGCUUGUUCUAUAAUGUGGCAUUUGACUGUCGUGGAUUAUAUCAAACAUAUCAUACUCGGCGCUUGCGCGCCUCAGGUGAUACAGGUCUUGCGAAUUCCCUCGAGUCGAAUACAACAUUCAGCUUUUGCAUUGGUCCAUGCUUGCGGACUCAA